AUGCUCGCGCUCUCGGCACUCCAUCUGCAUACAUAUACACCCCAUGAUUCUCUUCUAAGCACUGCAUUAAGACGUUAUCUCGAUCGUACACUUGUGAAUCAUCGGCAAGCUCUUUCAGAAGGCGAAGAACUCUCAGAACAGCUUUGGCUUUCGGCGAUUUUGUUGUGUCAUGUUUAUUGGUUGCUUUCGCGACAGAAACAGAAAGAUGAAGAGUAUGAGGUACCGGUUCAAGCGAUCAGGAUGUUGGAGGGUGUGAAUGUAGUGUUUAAGCAGAAGAGAAGAUUGUUGGAUGGGGACAUUGUGUUGGAGAGGUGA